UCCCUCCACCGCUGCCGGCUAAAGCGGUCGGCUUCGUCCCCUUGCUCCAUUUCUUAAACCUUCUGUAUCAUCCACUAACUCCUCGGUGGUUCGCUUCGGUAUCCAGAGAUUUCGCUUGAAGAGAAGAAAUCCAAGAGGAAUCCGCAGAUGAAGAUCAUUCCUGUACCUUGCCUAGAGGACAACUAUGCCUACCUAAUCGUGGAUGACAGCACCAAGAAGGCGGCGGCCGUUGACCCGGUGGAGCCGGAGAAGGUUCUCAAGGCGGCCAGCGAGGUCGGCGCCUCCGUCGACUGCGUCCUCACCACCCACCACCACUGGGAUCAUGCUGGUGGCAAUGAGAAGAUGAAGCUGCAGGUGCCAGGGAUAAAGGUCUUUGGAGGAUCCCUGGACAAUGUGAAAGGCUGCACUGAUCAGGUGGAGAAUGGAACAAAGUUGUCACUUGGGAAGGACAUUGAGAUACUAUGCCUACACACUCCUUGUCACACAAAAGGUCAUAUUAGCUACUAUGUUACUAGUAAAGAGGGGGAAGAUCCAGCAGUCUUCACUGGAGACACUUUGUUCAUUGCUGGUUGUGGAAGGUUUUUUGAGGGUACUGCAGAGCAAAUGUACCAGUCCCUUAUUGUUACACUGGGCUCGCUGCCAAAGUCAACUCGAGUUUACUGUGGGCAUGAGUACACUGUGAAGAGCCUAAAGUUCAUGCUGACACUCGAGCCAGAGAAUGAGAAGAUGAAACAGAAACUGGAAUGGGCUGAAAAGCAGCGUGAAGCAAAUCAGCCUACAGUUCCCUCAACUAUAGGAGAUGAGUUUGAGAUCAAUACCUUCAUGCGUGUCGAUCUACCAGAAAUACAGGCGAAGUUCAGUGCCAAGUCUCCAGUUGAAGCACUGAGAGAGGUCAGGAAGAUCAAAGAUAACUGGAAAGGUUGAUACCCAUGAGGAUGCCACUCCUCUGUUGCACGGCCAGCCUCUCAAAGUGAGCUAAUGCAGAAAACCUUGUCUGUAGGUGGAAAUGAGAUUUACUGCCGUGCAAUGCUUUGAUAGGUAUGGCGUCGGGAAGGAGAAGACUCUUAUAAUAAGCUCCGUGUUGAUAAAAGCAAUAAUUAUGUAACUUCUGAACUGUUUGCGAACAGUAAUGCAUGAACUAUUUUAUAUCUGAUCUGCUCCUCAGCCAAA